ACAACCCUGGGCGUCAGCAUCGCAAUUUGUAAGAAAUUGCGGUAAAAACUUAUAUUUUGACGCCAAGAACGAAAACAGAAUUAAAUUGUGAAGAAUUUGCAGCAAUAUGUACGUCAAAAAGCUAGUGCUCGACGGCUUCAAAUCCUACGGUCGGCGCACGGAAAUCGAUGGCUUCGAUCCGGAGUUUACGGCCAUCACCGGUCUAAACGGCUCCGGCAAAUCCAACAUUUUGGACAGCAUCUGCUUUGUGCUAGGCAUCAGUAAUCUGCAGAAUGUGCGCGCCUCCGCUCUGCAAGAUCUGGUGUACAAGAACGGGCAGGCGGGGAUAACGAAGGCAACGGUGACCAUUGUGUUUGACAACACAAAUGCCCAGCAGUGUCCGCAGGGGUACGAGAAGUGCCGCGAGAUAUCGGUGACCCGCCAGGUCGUUGUCGGGGGCAAGAACAAAUUCCUGAUCAAUGGCAAGUUGGUGCAGAACAAGAAGGUGCAGGAUUUCUUCUGCUCCAUCCAGUUGAAUGUGAACAAUCCCAACUUCCUGAUCAUGCAGGGCAAGAUCCAGCAAGUGCUCAACAUGAAGCCCAAGGAGGUGCUGUCCAUGGUGGAGGAGGCCGCUGGCACCAGCCAGUAUAAGACGAAGCGCGAUGCCACCAAAAAUCUAAUCGAAAAGAAGGAGACUAAAGUGCGCGAGACCAAAGCUUUGCUGGAGGAGGAGGUCUAUCCCAAGCUGGUGAAGCUGCAAGAGGAACGCGCUGCCCACGACGAGUACCAAAAGCUCAAACGCGAAUUGGACUUUCUGACACGCAUCUUCAUCUCGGCGAAGUACCUGAAGCAGUGCGAAGCCCUCAAGUCGCUGGAGGCAAGUGAACAUAAAAUCGACGCUCGCAUUGCCACUUGCCUGUCGACGCGUGACCAGAACCUGGAGGAAAUGAACACUAUUGAAAGCUCCCUCAAGGAGAUGCAGGAGAAGAUUGAUGCCGAGUUGGGUGGAUCGAUGAAGGAGCUGGAGGCUCAGCUGAGCGCCAAGCGUGCUCAGGAGGCCACUGCCUCGGGUAGUCUGAAGGCGGCCCAGGGCACCAUCGAGCAAGACCAGCGGAAGAUUAAGACGGCCGCAAAGAACAUAGCCGAUGACGAGCGUGCUCUCAACCAAAAGGAGGCCGCCAUGUCGAAGGUGCAGGGCGAAUUUGAAGCCCUGAAAGAAGCAGACGCGACCGAUGCCAAGGCCUAUGAAGCUGCUCAGCGGAAGCUGGAGGCUGUCUCACAGGGUCUGUCCACCAAUGAGGAUGGCCAGGCGAGCACAUUGCAGGAGCAGCUAAUUGUGGCCAAGGAGCAGUUGAGUGAGGCGCAGACCACAAUCAAAACCUCGGAGAUGGAGCUGCGGCACACACGAGGUCUCUUGAAGCAAAAACAGGGCGAAACGCAGACCAACGAUGCUGCCUAUGUGAAGAACAAGGGUGAGCACGAUCAGCUGCUGGUGGAGAUCCAGAGCCUUGAGCGACAGCUGCAGGGCCUCAACUAUGAGAGCGGGCAGUUUGAGGAGUUGCGUGAGCGCAAAAAUCAGCUGCUAACGCGCAAGCGUGACCUGAAGCGUGAGCUGGAUCGCUGCAAUGCCUCGCGCUUUGAUCUGCAUUACCAGGACCCGGAGCCGAACUUUGAUCGCCGCAAAGUGCGCGGCAUGGUGGGCAAACUGUUUCAGGUGAUCGAUAUGCAACACUCCAUGGCCCUGGUGACCGCAGCAGGCGGAAAUUUGUACAGCCAUGUGACGGAAGAUGAAAAGACCAGCAAGAAGAUUCUGCAGCGUGGCAACUUGCAGCGACGUGUCACCCUGAUGCCAAUCAACCAGAUUACCUCCCGUCCUCUCAACAGGAACAUUGUGGAAUAUGCCCAGAAGAAGGUUGGCCCGGAGAACGUACAGUGGGCCUUGUCCCUUGUUCGGUACGAACCCUACUACGAUCCGGUCAUGAAGUUUUGCUUUGGCAGCAUUCUAAUCUGCAAGGAUUUGGACGUGGCCAAGUUGGUCAGCUACGAUAGCCGCAUAAAUUGCCGUUCGGUUACAUUGGAAGGCGAUUUGGUGGAUCCAUUUGGCACUGUGUCGGGCGGUGCUGCGCCAAAGGGAGCAAAUGUCCUGGAGGAAUUGAACUCAAUCAGAGAAUUGGAAAAUGAAUACAAGCAACUCGACAUCGAGCUGCAGAGUGUGCAGCAGGAAAUGGCUUCCAUUGAGGAUCUGGCCCACACGUACAACAAGAUUAAGGAGAACCUUGAUAUGCGCCAGCACCAGCUGACGAUGUGCAAGAAUCGACUGGCUCAGACCACGUUUCAGCAGAACCAGGCCGAGAUCGAGGAGAUGAAGGAGAAGGUUCAGUCCCUGGAGCAGCAGAAUGCAGAUUCGCGGGAGAAGCAGAAGAGCUCCCAGGCCAAGAUCAAGGAUAUCGAAGCAAAGUUAUCCGAUGCCAAGGGCUAUCGCGAGCGCGAGCUCAAAUCGGCCACCAACGAGGUGAAGGAGACCAAGCAGAGGGCGGAGAAGUCGCGGGCCAAUUGGAAGAAGCGAGAGCAGGAGUUCGAGACGCUGCAGCUGGAGAUCACGGAGUUGCACAAGACCAUAGAAAACUCCCAGCAGCAACAUAAGGAGAUGGUCGAAAAUCUUGAAAAGUUCAUCGCCGAUCUGGCUGCUCUGCAGGCGAAGAGCUCCAGUGCAGUGUCCGAGGUGGCGGCCCUCGAGCAGGGCAUUAAGGCGCAAAAGGAUAAGCUGAAUGCCCAGAACAAGGAGAUGCGCCAUUUGAUGGGGAAGCGGGAAAAGAUGGAAAAACAGAACCAGGAACUUGAGCUGGAGGUGAAGAAGAAGGAGAAUGACAAGAACAAGGCGGGCUCUCAGACCAGGGACGCCAAGAGGCGGAUUGAGGAUCUAGAGCUAAAGUAUUCCUGGAUUCCAGAGGAAAAGGGUGCCUUUGGCGUAAAGAACACCCGCUACGACUACAGCAAGGCGGAUCCAGUUGACGCUGGCAAGAAGCUGGCAAUAAUGCAGGAGAAAAUGGAUAAAAUGGAGCGAACGCUGAACAUGAAUGCCAUCGCGAUUCUGAAGCGAGAGCAGGAGAACUACGACGAGACCCAGCGUCGCCGCAACAUUGUGGCCAUGGACAAGGAGAAGAUUAAGAAAAUCAUUGUGAAAAUGGACGAAGAGGAGCAGGAUCAGCUGAAUCGAGCUGCCACCGAGGUUAACAAUAAUUUCAGCGGCAUUUUCAGCGCCCUGCUGCCGGGCGCCGAGGCGCGUCUCAAUCCCGUCCUGACCAACGGCUGUCUGACAGGCCUCGAGAUCAAGGUCGGCUUCAAUGGCACCUGGAAGGAGAGUCUCGGCGAGCUGUCCGGUGGCCAAAAGUCUCUGGUGGCUCUAUCCCUUGUCCUGGCCAUGCUCAAAUUCUCGCCAGCGCCCCUCUAUAUAUUGGACGAGGUGGACGCUGCACUGGACAUGUCGCACACCCAGAACAUUGGCAGCAUGCUGAAGCAGCACUUUACCAACUCUCAGUUCCUGAUUGUCUCGCUCAAGGAUGGCCUCUUCAAUCAUGCCAAUGUGCUGUUCCGCACGCUAUUCGAGGAGGGUGUCUCCACCGUCUCGCGGCAGGUCAGCAGAUCGGCCACAACCAAACGUUGAUCUUAUUCUCAGUUUUGGAAAUUGGAAUCUCUCGCCUGGCAUGCACGCGAAGAUUUAUUGAUUUUUUAUUCAUUCAUGUACAUACACACACAUAUUUGAAGUUUUUCACAUAAAUAAACAAGUAAAUUCGA